AUGAAUCGAGUAUCGGAUGCAAUUGUCAGAAGAGAUCCUGAUCCUGAGGAUUUCUUCGUCAUUGACAAAACAAAUGCGGCUAAAAUCGACCAAGACCGCUUGAACAGAGCUCUUGGAGUUGCCAGAGUGGUAGAAACCAAUCCUGGCCUUCAGGACGAUCUAUCGUCAUUCUCUUCAUUGUCCAAAUUUGAGAGCAUAAUCUCAAACACUCGAAGUCAGGCUUCAAAAAAGUUUGUGCCGAAAGAAGGUUCUGGUCUCCUUACUUUGAAAGAAAAGAUUGAGAGGCAAAAAGCCACUCGGUCAAUCGUACCGCAACUGGAUUGUGCAAAUGCUAACCCAAAAGCUCUUACGCGAAAAGUUGCCACGACUUCUGGACCUUCCAAGUAUCUUGGAUUCAACACUGAUGGACGCGAUUCAACACCGAAAAAGAGCACUCUUAGUGGAAAACCAAGCUCGACAAUUCAUCAGAAAUCGUCAAACUCGACUCUGAAAAAGACGGUAGUAACAGAAGUAAACACAACGACCACUCGGAAGACAAGUAAACCUGCCAAACCAACAAUAACAACAUCAAGUUGGAGAGAUUCGCAAAAGAAGGCGCGGGAAAUCUUGAAAAACGAGACUCCCAAGCGAGAACGAAACACUGAGAGGUCGAAAUCGGCCGAGGUCAAAUCCAUCUGUGGAUCAGUCAAAAGCUCUUCAAAGGACACUUCAAAGACCUCGCUUCUGAAGGAAGAUGCAGAGCUGUACAAAGAUCUGUCUCCAGAAGUCCAAGCGAUUGUUGCAGACUUAAAACUCGACGAACCUGCCAGCAAGGAAAAACCAGUAAAGAUGGACGAUGCUACUAAAAUGGACCGACGAGCGCGCUCAUAUACGCCGAAAAGACCUGCUAGAAGAAAGAAAUCACCAUCGCCAGAGCCGACACCGAAAAAGAAGCAUAAUUAUGACCAGGCAGAGAUUCAAGAAUACAUGCGAAAGAAAAAGCAAGAGCGACUGAAAGCCAACGAGAACAAGGCAAAACAAAAACAGGAGAAGCAGGCCAAGAUCGAUGCGCAACUAAAAAGCUUACGAGAGGCACAGAUGAGCAACGCAAAGUCGAAAGUCAAGGCGAAAUCGAGGGGUCACUCGGCGGACGCUGCGAAAUCGUUGGAAAUGGACUCGGUCGCAAAAGCGAUGCAAAUUAUCAACGAGCUUGACGAAAAAGACAAACGAGCCAAAUCGGCAAAGAUGGCAAAUAUAUCGAGGAGGCCUAAAUCGGCGCCACCUAAGAAGACAUCCAAACCAAAAGCUGUUGAUGAUCCCCCAAAAGAAGCCGUGGGGAUUCCGCCGAAGCUCAAUCUGUCAUCUUCUCGGAACUCGAUAGUUAGCAUAGAGAAGUUGUCCAUCCCGGCAGCGAGUGGGAAAGCUUCGCCCAAAUCAACGCCACGUGAGAAGUCUCACACUCCGAGAAGUGAAAUAUCAGAUGGUUCUCGAUCGGAAAAAGCCAAGAGUAUUCUUGGGUUCAUUCAAUCAUCCAUCGACAAUCUCGAUUUUCACAACCCAAAUAGACCUCCACUGGCUGAAACCCAAGAAAAAACGCAACCAAAGCCUAAAAGAACACCUCAAAAUCCAAAACAUUCAGCUCUAUUGAAAAAUCUCAAGGCCAAGUCUGAUAAUAUCAAUAAACUGACGGACGCUUGGGAGAGCAAAUUAGAAGAUAUGGUUGAAAAGCGCGAACAGGAACAUGCGUUUGACAUGGCCAAUCCGCCAGGUGUAAAGAGUCUUGACAAACUCGUGGAAAACACGAUGCAGGAGAGAUUGAUAUCAACUGACUCGCUUGAAAAUCAAGCUAAAAUGCCAGAGCCAGUUCAAACAGUUGGUAUCGCCGUGGAUCUUCCUGUCUACAAACCUGCUGAGAGCUCUUCAUCUGUCGAGAACCUUCCACCGAUGGAUUUUAACCCCGAUAUCGGGCCCAUAAAAAAGUCCUCGUCAAGGAAAAGAUCGCCUAAGAAGACUAGAAAGCCCGUUAAAUUCGCCCGCUCUAGCUCUCCCGAUGAAUUUAACAUGGUUGACUUGAUGUUCCGAGAAGAGCAAGCGAGAAGAAAGGCAAUGAAAAUAAAGAAGCGCGAGUCUGAGCUUUCAAAGAAAUCGCAUAAAACAUCUUCAGUUCUUGAAUCAGACGGUGCAGAUUCUUACUCAGAUGCCAAAUUUAGUCUCGCAUCUUCUGGCAAGGAAGUUGUCUCGGAAAUUGUUACUCCGCGGAGCCAAGUCAUUACGUCAAGGUCUGAUGGCUUGUCUACGAGAUCAACGGCAUCUUUGAGAUCUGGAUCUGACGCACUGGUUUCAACAUCAUCCAAAAGCAAUCAGUCAAAGACAAACUCUCAUACUGCUUCCAUAAACGAAACCAGUGCUCCUGUACGUAGCGACAAACCCGCGACAAGCGUUAGUGAAUCAAUCACAGAAACUCUCUCAUCCUUAGCGGCAAAGAAAACUGCAUCUGAAAGUGACACAGCUCAACUUUCCGAAGAAAAGUACAGCUCUUUCUCAGAAACAGACCGUGUCACAACAGUUUAUCAAGGGGAAGCCUUGAAAAAUGCUCUAACCAGCCAUCUCAAGUUAUCAGAAGGCAUCGAUGAGAACAUUCGAGCGCUUGACGAGGCAAAAGCAAAAAUGUUCCUCGAUGAGAUGCGAGAGAUCCAACAAAAAGGAGCAAAAGCGGCGGAACUGAUGCUGAAAGCGUCCAAGAAUUUCGUCAAGGGAAGUCGCAUCGAUAUCCGAGACGACGAUCCUACAUCAACAGAUGUUACUCCAACAAGAACCUCGACGAGAACUGGCAUGAUCGACGAAGAGUUGUCCAUUCAAAGCGAGCCGCAAUACACUCCGAUAAGGGCUACUGAUCCUAGCUAUUCAGAGGUAUUUUCAAGCCAUUCGGAAGUAACAACGACGCAGCAACUUCCAACCCCGUCGAUAAGCGCAGUAAAAACGCAAUCAAUCUCUGAGAUAACGAAAUCUCAAGCGCCCAUCACGAUUGAUGAGACAUCAACUGUCACAUCGACUACUGCUACUCCUGUCAGUCAGACAUCAACUAUUGUGACGGUCCCAACAUCGAAAAAGACAGAAGACGUUACCUCAUCCUCAACUACUGUAAACGAAGAGUCCUACGCCUCAACAUUUGAUGAUCUUAAUGAGUCCGCCAAGCUUCUGACUCCAUCGAUGGAGUAUCGCAAGAAGAUCCCCGACGAAAUCAGAAAGCGACUCCCCUCAGAAGCUUCAGAUGUUUCAACUGACCUGGAUACUUCUGGCUACGAUGCGUUUACAAAUUUCAUGGCCGACAUGGUCCGGCAAUACGUAUCAAAUGAAAAGUCUUCAAGGGAAAAGUUCCAUAAAGCCAUGAUGCAAGCAAAGGAGCAAGCUAUUCGGGAGAAGAAAAAGAAGAAAAUCCCUGAAAGCGACCCUAAAAGAAAAUCAAAGAAAGGUCGAGGUGCAGAUGAUAAAAUGCCAACUAAGGAACAACUCGAGCAUUCGAUUACAUUGUCGGAGUCUGACACAUCUACCUCAACAAUAAACAGGGUGAAAAAGUGGUUCGCGAUCGACGAAAAACAUCUCACUCAACGGGAAAACCAGCUUCAAAAGCGCCGCAAGAAGGCUGAAAAGCUUCUCGCUUGGAAAGAGCAUUUAGAUGAGCAAGAGAAAUCCAUUUUAGAGAUCGAACAAGAUGUGGCUCAAGCUAUCGCUAAACGAAAAAUAAGCAACGAAUCCGAGAUCUCACAGGCUGAGUCUGCAGCUACGGAUACUUUCAAUGCUACAAGUGAAACCGACAUGGAUAGCUCUGACCACGAAGCAAGACUAAAAGCUCUUCAUGGACAGUGCCGGGAAAAGGAAAAAAUCGUUGCAAAAUUACGCAGGACGUUAAAAAAGCAUGCUGGAAGCAAGAAGCAAGAGUUGAAGGCACAAGAAGCCGCUGUUCAGAAGCAAAUUGAGUCGUUGGAUGUGAUGAUUGCCAAGGCAAAAGAGCAGCUGGAGUUUAUUGAAAACAACAAGGAGAUAAUCGUGAAACCAAUAAUAAAAUCGCCACAGUCAUCACAAGUUGUCGACAGACCUAUUGAUCGAUCCGUUUCUUCUCCAGCUAUCCCAUUAAUCGCCUCACUCCCAAAGGAUGCUUCGCCCUUCACAUCACCUCGUAGCUCUCGCAGCUCUUCGGAGUCUGAGUCUCAGCAGAAAACUCUUCGAAGUGAGAGCGAAACGAUCUCAGAAAUCGUCACAGAGUCAAUCAAAGACUCUCAGUCGGUGUCUGUCAGUCAAAGUCAAUCUAUUGCAUCAAACUCGAUCGAUUUGAAAUCACAUUCUGAGCCGCUGAUUUCUCUUGGUGAGGAGAAGGCGUUCGACCUUGUCUCGCAGUUUUCAGAGUCACGUUCAGCGACAAGUCCGAGUGAAUCAGAUACGGUAACAAGUGUUGCUACUGUGACUGCCCCUGUUACUGAAAGCGUUGCCACAGCGCCUCAAAAUACUCCUCCUGUGAAGUCAGAAGACCCUUGCCUAAAUGAUUUCUUACCAGCCGCAGAAGAGGAGGAGGACGAAGAUGUUCCUCCCACUAAAAAUGCUAGCAUUCUUGCCAAUACUGGCGAUGAGAUGGCAAAAAAGAUGAUCGAAGAGAUCAUCGGCAAGCUUUCCGGACAAGAAAAGGAAACAAUCAGAGAAAACCUCAGAGCACAAGACUUCGCCCAAGCGGAUGAUCUAUCGGAACAUUCCAAUGACUCCGACGACUCACUAACCGAUGCGCUUCUUGAAACGAGACCGAAAGACCUUGAACUAAACGAGAUCGAGCCAGACCUCGAGUGUGAUGAAGUCCUAGAAACUUCAGGCGAUGGAGAAGUUUUCAACUAUUUCCAGCAUUACAAAGUUGAGCAGGAACAAAAGUUGUCUACUGAAGAAGUCUUAGAAAGAGCGGAUGGAAUCGCUGACAUGGUAAAUAACAACCCUGGAGUUCCGCCAAUUCACCAAGAUGAGUUUGACGAGGCCCUGUACGAUGUAUGCCAAGAAAUUGCAUUUGACCUUCACCUCAGUGGUACUGAAUCUAAAGGUGCUAUUCUGAAUCAACUAUCGCAGUAUAUUUCGCCCAACGGGCCCGACCUCGAUCGGCACAUUGUUGAAAAGAUGGGCCGCAGGUCAAAGAAAGACCGUGUUGACCGAUUACUCAUCGCAGAGCUUCGCCAAGACGAGAAAAAUUGGAUCGACUACUCGAAAGAUGAAAUGUCGGUUCGAGAUGAAGUGACCAAUUCAAUUCUGAACUACUUACUCGACGAUACAGUUCAAGCGCUCAAAGAACGAUACUCUGUUGCAGUUUGA